AUGUGGGUACAGACUCACCAAACCGUCUCAGACCGCCCCGGAGUUGUGCCAUUGGCUACCCCGCUGCGACAAGCUGCUGGCACUGGCGGUGUUGGCAGUGGCACUGCUGCUGAUGCCAGGGCGCGCGCUGGAGAGUCAACCGCCGCGCCGCAGCAGCAGCCCGGACGACUUAGCUCCGCCCCCGGCUCCGAGGGCACCUUUUUCCUGGCUGACGAGCCGCCCGCCGCUGCCGCCCGAGAUUCCUUCGCUUCCAUCAUCGACGACCCGUUUUUCCUUCGUUUCGAAACCCCAGUCCUAGCAGCGCCAAGCGCAGCCCCCGCGACCACGAGUGCCGGUCACCGCCAUGACGAGCGCCAGCCGUGGAUCCCACCCCGGAAAGAAUCAUUGAGCGACACCAAUCCGACUCCCUGGUUUGACCACCCCAAGCACAUCAUGGAGGCCAUCAAUAUCGCAGUCAUUGGCGCCGAAGGCGUGGGCAAGUCCACAUUUAUACAGCAAGUGCGGCGAGCUAGUCGACCGCCAGCCUCGAAUAUUACGACAAUGCCACACGACGUCGAUGGCACUCAGUACCUCGUUACAAUCGUUGAGCUGGAUCUCGAAGGCAUCGAAUUAGACCCAAACCAGCCGGUACAAUGGCCGAAACAGAUAGGAGGACGCAUGGUGCCACGCAUGGAUGGUGCAAUGAUCCUUUACGAUGGAAUGAACGAGGAACGCGUUCGAGAAGUUCCCCCAAUAUUGGCCGCAUUGGCCAAUUCUUCUCUGCCGACGCUUCUUGUCGCUACAAAGUGUGACGCACCCCAAGAGCUGCGGCAAUCAGAUUUGUCCGGACUCGCAUCCGCAUUCCCCACGUGUGCUGGCCACUACGUGACUUCGUCCAACGCGCCUGGAAGCGCUCGGGAUUGCAUGCAAGCAAUGCUCAGGGCUGCUUUGAAUGUCCGGCGAGCGCCGGACAAGUCGGAAGGAUCGGUACCUAGGAGGCGUGCUGCGUCAACGGCGAAUCUCGACCCGCAUCUCGAGCUGGCCAAUGGCCGACCAAUCAGUCAGCACAGUAGGCAUAGCCGGGCCAGUUCGGACUUCUCGCUCCUGCGCGGUUUCCCUCCCGCCAACGAAGGCCAGUAUAGAGGACAGCCUUCGAGGUCGCCGAGGAUGGAUUAUCAGAAUGUUUCCUCGUCGAGCAGCAUCCCGGAGGACGGUCCGCGACAGACAGUCUCGAGUAUGCUGCGCACUCCGGGCAUCCGGCUGGAUAGUGGAAGCGAGUCCUUCCUGGAAGUCGACGAAUCUGACGGAGAAUCAUUCCGCUACUCGGAGGACAUUCCGAUACUGCAGCGCAACGACGAUAGCUUUCUGGACAGGCCAGCCAAGGCGGUAGGCGUCAGUUUCGACGAACUCGUCGACAGACUUCUCGCCCCCAAGAUGACAAAAGCAGACCACAACUUUGCCGACAUCUUUCUCUGUUUGUAUCGAAAGUUUGCUGCCCCUAGCGAGCUUCUCUCAGCAAUCCGGGCACGGCUGGACCAUCUGCGAACUGACAGGACGGCGCAAUAUCUAAUCAGGGUAGAGGCACAGAUGCGCUAUAUCGAGGUGGUGGCAAAAUGGGUGUCACUGUACCCGGGCGACUUUGCUCGGCCGGCAACAAGGAGGAGCCUAGAAGAACUGAUCAGGCAGUUAUUGACAGAGCCCGCGUUUGUCGCGGCUGCACAGCAGAUGCGAGCGCACCUGGAGCAGAAGGUUGUGGAGGACGAUGACACGGGUUGGGAGAAAUCAGACCCGUUGGAGGAGGUCCAAGGCAGGGAUAUCGCCACGGAGAGCCGGAGCGGCCUGGCGGAGUCGAUGAGCUCCCUGCAGAUGGAAGACUCAAACGUCUCUAAUCAGCGGCGUCCAUCACAGAGUUCAGGAUUGUCCGGCUUGGAGACACAUGGCGGCCGGGUGCUGGCGCGGUUCCAAUUCCACACAGUUGAAGAUUACGAGCGCGAGGCGGCUAACCUCGUGCCUACGGCGAUGCUACCCCUGAACAAGCUUCGCUAUCACAUGUUCAUGGAGAUCGACGCCGACGACAUUGCCGAGGAGAUCACGCGUAUCGACUGGAUUAUGUUCAGCUCGAUCCGCAUCCGUGACAUGGUGCGGCAUGUCAGCCUGUCCCAGGAACAGAAGGAGAAGUGCCGCGGCCUUAAGAACGUGAACCGCAUGGUGUCGCACUUUAACCACAUCGCCCAGUGGGUGGCCAACAUGAUCUUGAUACGUGACAAGGCAAAGCACCGCGCGCCUUGCCUCGAGAAAUUCAUGGUAAUAGCGCAGAAGCUGCGGCAGCUCAACAACUACAACGGCCUUGCCGCCGUGCUGGCGGGCAUCAACGGCACCGCCAUCCACCGUCUCGCGCAGACACGGGCGCUAGUCUCGCCCGAUAUAGGGAAGCGCUUCGCAGGGUUGGUGCUGCUGAUGGGCACGCAAAAGAGCCAUUUUGCGUACCGGCUCGCCUGGGAGAACUCGCCACAGCCGCGCAUCCCUUUCAUGCCACUUCACAGGCGGGACCUGGUGUCGGCCGAGGAGGGCAGCAGGACGUUUGUGGGCGCAAACGGCGAGCGCAUCAACUGGAAAAAGUUUGAGGUGCUCGGGGAGGUGCUGCUGCCCAUCAUGAAGAGCCAGGGGCAGGCGUACCCCAAUCUCCAUCGGCAUGAGAUGAGCAGGGAGUUGAUCAUGGAUUGUCGAAUGCCGACUGAUGACGAGGACAUCUACCAGCGCAGUUUGCAGGUCGAGCCCGCCUCUGGAGGUACGGCGGAGUCGAGCAAAAAGAAGUUCCCGUGGUUGACCAAGUAG